AUGCUUUCUUUCAAGGAAAUUGUUAUCGCCUCGGCCGUCCUGGCGGUGGCCCACGGCCACGGAGUCAUCCUCAACGCCCAAGGAGAUGCAGGCUCGCCUGCCAGUAUUGGCUUCAAGGUUGACCCCAACGUCGCCCGCAAUUGCACGACGAUCAACCCCUGCCAGCAGGACUCCACUCUGAUUCGCGAUGCCGAGAUCAACGCCAAUAUCGUGAACGAGUGCGGACGUACUGAGAUUGCUGGCAACAUCGAUAUUGGCGAGAACACGGAGAACGCUCUGGCCGCCGGCCAGGUCACGAAGGUCAAGGCUGGCAGCGAGCUUCAGGUUACCAUUCACCAGGUCAACGCCGAUGGUGCUGGCCCUUACGCCUGCGAUCUGGACCCUACGAGUAACUCUCUCGGUGGCAGCGGCCAGAUCCCUCUCGAGGUCACCAACAACGUUCCUGGCGUAAACGGUUUCUCCCAGGUCAAGGCUCAGCAGUUUAACAUCACCGUCAAGAUGCCCGCUGACCUUAAGUGCUCUGGAGCUUCUACUGGAAACAUCUGCACUGUCCGCUGCCGCAACAACGCCGUCGCCGGUCCUUUCGGCGGCUGCUUCCCCGUUCAGCAGAUCGACGUCACCCCCACUCAGAACACUCCCCAGAACAUCCAGACGCUCAAGGACUUGAACACCGUCCUCGAGCAGCAGCAGGGCAAUGUUAAGGACCUCCCGGCCGCCAUCAAAGCUAACCAGAUUGAUGGAACCGACCAGCAGAAGGCUGCUUCUGAUACCGCCACCAAGCUUCUCGGCACUCCCGACGUCGUCACCAAGGAAUUCCCCGUCACCAACACCGGUCCCGGCAACAACGGAACCGCCGAUGCUACUACAGGCAACACUGGCAACACUGGCAACGCCGGCAACGCCAACACCGGCAACGGACGUAACCGUGGCAAUGCUAGCAAGGCCAACGGACGCAACCGCGCCAACAACAAGCGUGAGGAGGGCAACAGCGUCCUGCGAUGGGCCAGGCGCUACGUCGUACCUGGUGCUGACUUCCAGGCUGAGGUUGACCCAUGA